AUGCUAGCCCACGCCGUUUUCGGGGGGCUACUCCUUGCCGUCGCAUGCCACAGCGCCGGUCUGCCGGCAAGCAGCAGCGGAGGUGGCAAAGGUCCGGCGCGAAAUCCGGGAUACGUGCGCAUGCCGGUGGCUCGACACCAGUUCAACGGGACGGGCAAGUCGUCACGGGGUUGGCAUUGGUCGUCGCCGCCAGGUGCCACGGGCUUCCCGCCGCCGCCGCAGCCGUCGCGUCGGCCCUGGUCCACCUUCCAACCCGGAGCAUCGUCCACGCAGCCGGCGUCCUCCGGGCACCCGCCGGGACCGUCGCCAUCAGUCCCGUCUCACAGACCACGACGUGAUGCCCAAGUACAGGCCACCAACCGAUGGGGAUGGUCGAGCCUGGAGGAGCUAGGGGGGAUCGCGUAUACUAUCCAACUGGAUAUCGGUACACCACCACAGACUGUCAAGGUAUUCAUCGACACGGGCUCAUAUGAGCUGUGGGUAAAUCCCAGAUGCGACACGUCUGCCUCCGCAACUCUCUGCGAGGCCCAGGGCACCUACUACCCGGACAAGUCCAGCUCCUCCAUGUUUGUGGGCGGCGAGUUUGACGUGAGUUACGGCACAGGGUCAGUCGAGGGAUAUUACUGGUCCGAUGUCUUGAGCAUCGCAAUGUUUCAGAUUCCCCAGGUCCAAUUUGCCGUUGCUAACGACAGCAACUAUGCUUUUGCGGGGAUCCUGGGCUUAGGAUAUGCCUACCCCUACUCCAUCAACUACCCAAGCGUGCUGAACCUGAUGGUCUCCGAGGGGCUGAUCUCCGCCCCAAUCUUCAGCCUGGGCCUAGGCGGUGACCAGGACAAUUUUAGCGAGAUCAUCUUCGGCGGCGUCAACACAUGGAAGUUCUCGGGCCCGCUGGUGCCCGUGCCUAUUUGGCCGCCCAUCUCACAGCAAGAUCCGCGAUGGAUCCAAUACUGGGUCAACGUCACGUCGGUCGGGAUGACCAAGCCCGGCGAGCACCCGGUCAUCUACACGCCAAGCGACGCCUUCGACAUGCCCAUGCUGCUCGACACGGGCUCGACGCUGUCGUACCUCCGCGAGGACCUCGUCGCCGUCAUCGGCCAGCAGUUCGACGCCACCGUCGACAACGCCGGUAACUACCUUGUCGACUGCGCCUACCGCGACCAGGACGGCACGGUCGACUUUGGCUUCGACAGCGGCCGCAUGGUCAUCAACGUGCCCUACAAGGACUUCAUAUACCAGCAAUACCCGGGCCACUGCUUGUUGGGAGUGCAGCCCGCCGAUGCGGGGUCGACGAACUACGUGCUGGGGGAUACCUUCAUCAGGGGGGCGUACCUGGUCUUUGACCAGCAGUCGGACACGAUCUGGAUGAACCAGUACUACAACUGCGGCGACGGCGUGGCUACGGUUGGCCUGUCAAAGGGGGACACGGGGCGUAUAGUGGGAGCCUGUUAG